UAGCAAAGGAACCGAAAAAUCACAAAUUAUAUCGAAAAGAGAGAAAGCAACAAAAAAAAAUAAUUAGUAAUUACACGAUUUUGUUUGUUUUUUGUUUUGUGUGCGUGCGUGCGUGUAUGAGUGUGUGUGUACGUGCUGCAUGAGCCAAGCUACGAAAUGGGCCAAGAGGAUCAGGAGCUAUUGAUACGCGGCGGCAGCAAGCAUCCCUCCGCCGAGCAGUUGCACAGCCAGGGGGAGCAGGCGGCGGCGGCGGCGGCGGCGGCAGGCACAGCCGUGGGGCCCACAGCGCAGAGCUGCAUUAGCCAAAGCUUUGGCCAGGCCAAGAACUAUGGCACCUUGAGCGGCGCCGAUGAUGCACAGCUGCCAGAGACGCUCACCUAUGCGUGGCACAAUGUGGACAUAUUCGGUGCAGUGCAUCAGCCGGGCUCCGGCUGGCGCCAGCUGGUGAAUCGAACGCGUGGACUCUUCUGCAACGAGCGGCAUAUUCCGGCGCCACGCAAGCAUCUGCUCAAGAAUGUCUGUGGCGUGGCCUAUCCGGGCGAGUUGCUGGCUGUGAUGGGCAGCUCCGGGGCCGGCAAGACCACGCUGCUGAAUGCUCUCGCCUUCCGGACACCGCAAGGCGUGCAGGUGUCGCCGUCGAGCGUGCGCCUGCUCAAUGGCCAGCCGGUGGAUGCCAAGGAGAUGCAGGCACGCUGCGCCUACGUGCAGCAGGAUGAUCUGUUCAUUGGCUCCCUAACGGCACGGGAGCAUCUCAUCUUCCAGGCGAUGGUGCGCAUGCCGCGCCAGCUAACCUAUCGCCAGCGUGUGGCGCGCGUCGACCAGGUCAUCCAGGAGCUGUCGCUGACCAAGUGCCAGCACACGAUCAUUGGUGUGCCCGGACGCGUCAAGGGGCUGUCGGGCGGGGAGCGGAAGCGUCUGGCGUUCGCCUCGGAGGCGCUCACCGAUCCGCCGCUGCUCAUUUGCGAUGAGCCGACCUCCGGUCUGGACUCUUUUACCGCGCACAGCGUCGUCCAGGUGCUAAAGAAGCUGUCGCAGAAGGGCAAAACCGUCAUACUGACCAUACAUCAGCCCUCCUCGGAGCUGUUCGAGCUGUUCGACAAGAUACUCCUCAUCGCCGAGGGACGCGUCGCCUUCCUGGGCACACCCAGCGAGGCAGUCGACUUCUUCUCCUAUGUGGGCGCCCAGUGUCCGACCAACUAUAAUCCGGCCGACUUCUAUGUGCAGGUGCUGGCCAUUGUGCCAGGUCGCGAGGUGGAGUCGCGCGAGCGCAUUGCCAAGAUUUGCGAUAACUUUGCCAUUAGCAAAGUGGCGCGGGAUAUGGAACAGCUGUUGGCUGCCAAGGCGCAGACGCAGCCGCUGGAGCAGCCCGAGAACGGGUAUACCUACAAGGCCACGUGGUUUAUGCAGUUCCGUGCCGUGCUCUGGCGUUCCUGGCUAUCCGUGCUGAAGGAGCCGCUGCUGGUCAAAGUGCGACUCAUACAGACCACGAUGGUAGCCGUGCUCAUUGGGCUCAUCUUUCUGGGCCAACAACUGACGCAGGUGGGCGUGAUGAACAUCAACGGCGCCAUAUUUCUCUUCCUGACCAACAUGACCUUCCAGAAUGUGUUUGCCACCAUCAAUGUUUUUACGUCGGAGCUGCCGGUUUUUAUGCGCGAGGCGCGCAGUCGCCUUUACCGCUGCGACACCUACUUUCUGGGCAAGACCAUAGCCGAGCUGCCGCUCUUUCUGACCGUGCCGCUCGUCUUUACGGCAAUUGCGUACCCGAUGAUUGGCUUGCGGCCGGGAGCGCUGCACUUUUUCAACUGCCUGGCGCUGGUCACACUGGUGGCCAAUGUGUCCACCUCGUUUGGCUACUUGAUAUCCUGCGCCAGCUCCUCGACAUCGAUGGCAUUGUCGGUGGGCCCACCGGUCAUAAUACCAUUCUUGCUUUUUGGUGGUUUCUUCCUCAACUCGGGCUCGGUGCCCGUUUACCUGAAAUGGUUGUCCUAUCUAUCCUGGUUUCGUUAUGCCAACGAGGGCCUGCUUAUCAAUCAAUGGGCCGAUGUGGAGCCCGGCGAAAUUAGUUGCACCUCCUCGAACACAACGUGCCCCGGCUCCGGCAAGGUUAUACUGGAAACGCUGAACUUCUCCGCCGAAGAUUUGCCGCUCGAUUAUGUGGGAUUGGCCCUGCUGAUUGUUGGCUUUCGCGGGUUUGCCUAUCUGGCGCUGCGAUUGCGUGCCAGGCGCAAGGAGUAAUCCUUAUAUAUGCAUACAUAUAUUUUUAUAUACAUAUGUAUAUAAAAAUUUUUUUUUUAUAAUAUACAUAUAUUAAUUUUUUUUACCACAAAACUGCUAAUAAAAACUAUAUUUACUGUUAGUAGGCCUGGCAUUUAAAAUUAAACCUUUUUUAUGUACACAACCCAACUAAAAUUCUGUUAUUAAAAACUCAGUCUACACAUAUAA